UGGCUCGUGUUGCUGUCGCGGUCGUGUUUACGUUUAAGUUUUAUCAAUUAAAACUUUACCGUUCCAGUUUUUAUGGUGUGUUGAAUCGGUUCAACAGCAGUGAUCCGUGUUUUACCAAACUUUCCGUGUGUUCCGCGUUUUGUGUGUCCGAAUCAGAACUGGUUUGCAUCGUCUGUUUUGUUUUUGGAACAGGUUGUUUGGUCCGUGGAUUGGGAGCGCUGAAUUGGAUAGCUUAACCAAAGGUGAACCGGCGGCAAACGAUGAAGUGACACCAUGGCCUAACCCGCGGGGCGAGUGCGAGAGAAGCGUCCGAGAACUUCAAGAUGUCAGCUGAGGCACCUCUAGAGGUGCGACAUAAGGGACAGCAAUCCGCAGACUCCGGAGCUUACCUGGAGUGGACCACAGAGAGUGCAGAUGUAGAGAGAAACUUCCAGAGCAACGUGACCGGUGAAUUUGUGACUGUAGUAGCGGUGGAGACCCAGCAGCCACCUCUGGAGGAUCAUGAGAGCAGCUUCGUCACAGUUCUGGCCAUCGGCGACAAGAAGGAAGCAGAGGAGGUGUUGGUGUAUCGGUUACCCGGUGAAAGAUUAGGAUUCGGAUUGAAGUUCGAGGGCGGAUUAAAGACUGCGGAACGAGUGAAUCGGUUGUUCAUCCAGUCUUGUGCUCCUGACAGUCCUGCGUCCAGAACGAGAUGCUCUUGGGGUCCGUUGGUACCUGGGGAUGAAAUACUUGAGAUCGAUGGCGUUGAGGUGAAAAGUAUGACUAGAAUUGACUGUGUAAGGUCGUUGAAAGAGUCUAACGUUGUUAUCAAGUUGAAAGUAAAACAACACGGUGAAGAAAAGGAAAGUAAGAAUUCCCCACCACCUAUUCCUCCUAGGAAAGUCCCAAGACGAAAUUCUGCUCAGAAAGAAGCUGCGAUUGUACACCCACCUGAUGGAUUUACAGAUGAGUCAAAGUUCAAAUCGGUUUCUCCCAAGGCCCGUGUGAAGAAUAAUCAUGACGAAAGGCAAAUACCUGAAGCUGAGGUUUAUCUAGAUUUAAUCUCCAAGGAGUCUGAGAUUCUACUGGGAGAAUCUGAGAGUGACGACACUGGAAGCAGCAUUUCGACAGUCGUUGAUAGAUUAUCCUCGGCUCCCACAACUUCGAAUUCGAGUUUCUCAGACGUACGGUCUAUCACUUCAUUAGACAUAACCACACCUCCGACACCCACGACUAACACUUGUCCGACUUUCGACUUGGACAGAGUCCUGGAACCUUUUCUUCAGUUGGAAAGAGAGUUUUCAUCGAGUGCGAACAUUGACGAGAGUUCACUCUUCAACAAGUUAGUAGCAGCUGCAAAUUUCACAGAGCCUUCUCACAUUUCACUGACGAGAAGUUCUUCUAUGAAUUCAGGAGCGGGAGAAGACUCUGCUCUCCAACCUCCAGUGAGUUUCCAGGACGAGCCGGGAAACAGAGCAAACUUUGACGGAGAGAGAAUGCCGCUAAGCUCUGCAGAAAUUUUUGAACCGAUAAAAAAAAGUCCUCCAGCUAUCAAGGCUAUCCCGAGAAAAUCUCACAAUAUUGUUUUAAACCUUUGUUCAGACGAUGUGAAUUCCACAGAUAACCAAAAUGACAAAAGUGCUCCGGAGCUACCGCCAAAACCGACACCUAGAAAAGAGCUGAAUCAAAAGAAUAAGUUCAAGUCCGGGAAGAAAAGACCCCCUCCGCCACCACCUCCGCGGUCAGACCGUCCUCUGUGCCCCGACCCGCAAGUUCCAGAAGACACACGAUCAGAAGUAGAAGACUGUCGAAAUGAUAUGGACCACCACUUACCCAGACUGAUCGAUUUUGUACCUAAGGACAGAACUGAUUUGGUGGUACCCAACGCUAUUCAUCCAGAAAACAGUCAGCAAAAUCACAUGGAGUUGCUCAUCCAAAGGCAAAGACUCUUGGAGAUGAUGAGUCCUCAAAAUGUCUCUGAUCUUGACAAAGAGAAGGAGGAAGACGUUGGGAGUGACGCUUCGGAGGGAGAAGAACACUGCCCUGCUUUGCCAAUGUGUGUCCCUGUGGUUGAGUCUGAUGAAGAAACUGAAACAUUCGUGCCGUCCAGGAGUGCCAACCUCACCACCAUUGGCGAGGACGAGGAGGAAGAAGUCUUCACGUCGCCUCCUGUUCCAACAAUCCAGGAGCCUUCAGUUGAAGACCAGGACGAAGAUAAGACUAAUGAAGAAGAAAGUCCUGUUGAAGACGCAGAUACAGAACCGAUUUCAACUACGAAUGUCCAGUCACCGGACGAUCAACAGGCGGCGAGUCCAGAAAAACUUACGGAAACAGUUGAAUGUGGAGCUAUGGACGUCUCGGCAUCUGCCACGCUGAACUUGUCGCCUCCUCCUAGCUUCUCUCGAUUGCCGCCAGAUGGCCAUGAGUUCCCUCCCAACUACCAGGAGCUUUGCCCCGAGCUAAUGGCGGCAGUGGAGCCUUCACUCAAGAUGCAACCACCUCCCCCACUACCCUCUACGGCACCACCCAUCCCCAAGAAGAAGUUCAGUGUUCCUAUCCUAGAGCGAGAGAUUGAAACUACAACCCCCGCAAGAAAAUAUUCCACAUGCUCCAACCCUUCAAUGAACACUGAUGAGUCUUCCAAGCCAAGCCGAGCAGCGUUGUGGAGGAACGAUGAAAAGAGUGUGCGAAGUGUUCGUGAUAAAAUCGCCAUGUUUUCGAACGUUGCAGAUGAAACUCCAGUGUCGCCUGCAAUACCUCCUCCCUCAAUGACCGCUCAUAGGAAACUCAACAGGUUUAAGAGUUCUGAAGAUGUACUUUACAACGACAAUGUAGAUGGUUCUGGCAAUUUAUCAUCUGGUAAAUUGUUCUCUAGAUCUGUGAUUUCUGUUGAUAAGGUGACAUCGAAUUCUUAUCUCCCAGAAAUUAACCAACGAUCGACGAGUCCCAUGAAGAAACUGCCUACCUACAGCAGCAUGGUUGACAUGUCACAAGUUUCGGCAUUGAAGCAGGCCAAGUCUAGCGUUCCCAAAAGUUUAGAGCUUACUAGUCGCACGCAGAGCUCUAUGGAUUUAUCAUCCUCGUCCUCUGCAUACUCCUCAGAGUCGCCAGACUCCUCCCUAACUUCAUCAGUGAUAAAUUCAGCUCCGUAUAUUGGAUAUUCUAGUACUCUUCCGAGGAAAACUGCAGCAAGAGACAACGAACGAAAAAUAUCGCUUACAUCAUCGUCACCUAUUACGAACAUCGAAAACAAAACGAAUUUAGGAAGAGCCCUGAGUUUUAACAGUCCAAAUAAACUUCACUCUAGGUCUCAAAGCCUAGUAGAUGUAAAUUCAAUACCUUUGAAUAGGUACAUGCCAAAAACCAGUAAUAAUGAGGAGGCCAGAAGAGCUUCUUUGAAUGCGUUAAUAGAGCAGCGUAGAAGAAGUAUUUCUAAGCUUCGUGGGCUUGUCAUACCAGAAAAGGUUUCAGAAGAUGUAGUCCCACAAACAAUCCCAGAUUUACCAGAAAUCAAAAGUAGAGACUCUAUCCUAUCAAAAGUGCCAGAAGAAAAUGUUAAAAAGUCGUCAUUUUCAUCAUAUGGAACAUGCAGGUAUGGAAAUUCAACCUUCAGUUCACCAACCUCUAAUAUUACACCUUCCCAGAAUAGUAACUUAUCAUCACUAUCUUGGAAAUCCCAGCCUCCAGUUGCUGAUAUUCCCAAGUAUUCACCAGCUUUCAAGAGGAAAUCAUUAGCAGUAUAUGGAGCACCUUCAUUAGCUUCUUCAGUCUCUUCAUCUUUGAGUUCGAGUCGUGAAGAGUUGAGGCCAAUAUUUGACAACACGGUCAGUACCAAUAUAAAACCAUUGGCAACACCACCAUCUCCACCCUCAAAACCUCCAAGGUCAGUGAGCAAUGUUUCAAGAAACAGUUUUUCAUCUCCUACAGCAACGUCUUUGUCGCCAACGCCUUCUCAUCAAGAGCCACCAAAGUCCUUGGAGAGUAUAACUUCACCAACUCAGUCUGAUUUAAGCUUUGAGUUCAUCAGCAGCAGCGGGAGUUCUCCUGACAUGAAAAUGAUGAGAAACAAUCAUUAUGAGGAGAAAAUCAAUCAAAAUAAUGGUAGUUACAUAAAGUCGUGUGAGCCUCAAGUAAUGCCUUUGAUUAAGCUGAAUAAACAACAAAAUGCAAACGAUUUGAGGAGAUCAGGUGGUGAAGAGAGUGAUAAUGACUCAGCUGUCAGUUCAAGUAGAUCGAGUAUAUCCCAUGAUUUCUCCCCUCCUCAGUCGCCCUUGCCCGAUUUGCAGCAUAGAAUUGGAGAUGACGAUCACAUGUCGAGAUCGCAUAUGCUUCUUUCGCCUUCUAACUCUGCUGGUAGUAGUGACAGAAGAACUUUGAGGAGAACCCUUUCAUCUGAAACAACAGCUUCUGCUGCCUCCUCGACUGCUUCUACUCUGACAUCCGGUUCUCAGGCGAGCUGCAGCAGUUCUAGCACAGACAGCUUGAACCGACGGGUUUUGAAGGCUCAAAGUGUGGAAGCCAUAAACAGGAAAAACGUUCUUUCCUCCGCAAGAUUCAGUAGCGGUCAAGAUCUAAAAAUCGGUUCACCUCUAAUCCAAAGGAAAUUCGAGGAGGGUGAAGGAUACUUAGAUGAAGGUGUACUUAAAGUAGACAUGAAUGAAACCAAAACACAUAUUGAGACUGAAAACUUUAUUGAAAAACUGAAUGGAACAUUGAAAAAAGAGAUUGUCACUGAAGAUUUAUGUGAAGAAAAUAAUGCACCAGAUAUAAUUCAUUACCAGCUGUUAUCAGACAAUAAGGAGUUUAGACAUACAAAAGUCGCUUAUCUAGAAGUUGAAGUUAGUGAUGGUGGUAAUUUCUCCUCACAAGAAGAUUCUAGUUUUAUCGACAGCAACCCCUCAAGCAUGGAACACUUGGACAGUGAUCCCAUACCUGCUCCUCGAGAUAAGAUCUUAUCAAAAGAAAACGGGUACAUGAAACAAGAAAUUUUCAUGACGGAUAAUGUUGAUGGUAAAAUGAAUAACUUCAAACACGUAUCAAAGUUUGACACAAUCACGGCAGAUUUUUACAAUGAAAACAUUGUCAACAACUCACCCAAUAAGAAACCGUUUGUCAAGAGGCUCUCAAGAGAAACUAUUAUCAAUAACAACUCUUCAACCUCCGAUGACGAUUCUUGUAAAACUGCCUUAUCACAAAGCAAACUAGAUAACUGUACCAAGCCCAAGUUAGUGUCAACCACAACUCCAAAGCCAGCGGAGAGAAAAAGCAGCUCCCAGACUUUACUGCACAGCGACUCCAAGGAAUCUACCACAUCGAGUGAAGACUUUGUGUCCUGCACGAGCAAACAAGAGACACCGACUCUAAGUCCGAAAGAAUCCCCUGGAUCUUCAAGCACUGGGAGGAUUCCAACUGUGUCAUCGAGGAAUGGAAACAGCAGGAGGUCUGUCAGCGUGAAUGACAUCAGGAAAGCGUUUGAGAAGGCUGAGAUCGCAUUGAGCGGGAAACCCAAAACAGGGAUGUUGAAUGGUAACGGACACUUGAUACCUAGCCAUGCGAGAGUGUCUUCGCUGGACUCCACGACAAGUGAGGACAGUUGCGCUCCAACACCGACCCACUACGGCUCCGUCACAAACCUGCAGAAAGAGCAGCAGUUUGGCAGCAUUACCUCUCUAGCCUCCUCAACCAGUCUCAUCUCACAACAGGAGUUGCAACAGCUUAUAGAUGAUGCUAACCAGACUCUGGAAGAGGCGGGGGGUUGCAGCCACGAGGUGGUUGUAGUAAUUCUGCACCGAGACACGGCCGGAGGAAGUGUCGGCAUUACAUUGGCAGGGGGAGCAGACUAUGAGGCCAAGGAAAUAACUGUACACAAGGUGCUGGCAGGCAGUCCGGCUGACAGAGAUGGAAGGAUACAGAAAGGAGACAGGAUUCUGUCUAUAAACGGAAGAAGCAUGAAGGGGGUAUCCCAUCGAGAGUCGCUGGCUAUUUUGAAGGCCCCUAGACCAGAGGUUGUGUUGGUCGUGUCUCGUUGGCGACCAGACGGACCCACAGACGAUCCUCUUGUCCUCGGACUGCGCAACAAUCUCCGACCACCCCGCAUCCCUGAGCAACACCCCGACGACCCUGCAUCACCCUCGGUCAGCGACAAAGAUGAGAGUGUAGAAGAAGUAGCCAGAGGACCUCCGCUGACCGUGACCUUGGUCAAGGACGGAGCGGGACUAGGCUUCAGUUUGGAGGGAGGUAAAGACUCGCCCCUGGGAGACCAACCCCUCACCAUCAAGAAGAUAUUCACCGGUGGCUGUGCGGAAAAAAGCGGUCAGCUGUUUGCGGGAGAUGAGUUGCUGAGUGUGAACGGAACCGACGUCACUUCCAUGUCCCGCAUCGAGGCUUGGGGCUUGAUGAAGCGACUGGCUGACGGCAAAGUCGUUCUGAACGUGAGACAUAAGACUAUCAACUAACAAGACUGUCUUUGGUGCUAGCAUUCCUAAGGCUCCAUCAGCCAAAACAUAAUACAGGAUCAAGAAGUGCUUAACAACUUUGAGGGAUCUUUCUCACCCCAUUUAACUUACGUGAAAUGUACAAAAAAAGUCAUGAAUUUUUAAAAAACCUUAAUUUGAAACAAAAGUAAUUUUGUUUUUCAUAAUGCAGUGCAAAUAUAUCUAAAAAAUAUAUAUUUCACACCAAAAUUGAAUUAUGAAUUGAGACGUGAUGGUUCCUUAGUAAAAGAUAUAGAGGUCCCAAAAUAUAGAUUAUAGAUCUUAGAUCUAAGGAGUAUUAGCAUAUGAGUGUAAGUCUAUUAUAAUCAGCUUUGUAAGAAAUGCUGUUAAUUAUUUCAAUGAUUUUCCAAUGGCAAUGUGUCAAAGUUGUCAAGUCCUUUUUGAAAGACUCUGGACUGACAAGUGGAACGUUUGCAAUCAGCUGUUUUUGUGGAGCCUGUUGCAGUGUAUAUAUUGUACAUACUGGCCUGACGGCAAGGUAGGAACUUUGGAUACUUCGCAAAGCAGUGCAACCUGUAACUUUUGUAUAUAAAUUAAAUGUGUAUAGUAAAUAGAUUCAGUUAAAAAAUAUUUAUUUAGUUUUGGAAAAUGUUAAUAGAUUGUUGCAAGUGCCUAAUUUGAAAGUCAAAUUCUACUAUUUCUGAUUUUUAUCUUUUACCAUUGCCUAUGACUACACAGUAACAGUACCGCGUUCUCCUAUUUUUUAUAUAAGCUGGUCAUUAAAAUAUCCAAAUAAUGAAACUGGUUGAAUAAUUCUCUAUUUUGUUAUUUAACAAUUUUAGAAAUGUCUAAUGUAUUAUCAGAUUUGCUCAUUUUACCAUUCCAGCAUUCAUACAUUCCUGUAAGUUAUAUCAAAUGCAACUAUGUAAGAAUUAUAUUUUUGUGCAAUUUACAGCAAUUCAAAGACUAUUAUUUAUUCAAUGUGAUGAUUGUUGUUCCCGUUGCAUUUUGUGUACAUGAAACCUUACUUCAUUAGAGUAAGGCUGUUUUUGCUUUUAUAGACGUAUCGAUAAAACACUGUACUUUGCAAAUGUACACUUUACAAAUUAAUAUUUCUCAUUUCAUGGAAAACAACAUUAUAUGAAAUGUUAAAGCGACACUGUGAUAAAAUUUGGCAUGUAAUGCUUCAUGUUUUCAAAUACUUUUGAGUUAUACGAUCUAUUGAAGCAUGGACCAAUGUUCUUUUUAUUUUUGUUACUACAAUGUAAAUUAGUUUUGGUUAUUAGUUAUUGUUGUUUUCAUUUUAUUUAAAAAUAUUUCGGCAUAGUGAUGUAAAAUUUUAUAAUCUUUGUUACAUAGUGUAUAGAUGUAGUAUUUGAGUUUACUAAUUUGCCCAUUUGGUUUAGCACUAAAGAGUAUGAAUUAGUUUUAUUUAUACUAAUAAUCCUUCAAUUGUAACAUUAAAUUAUGUAAGUGUUUGUAUUUUCUAGUUAGCAGGUGUUUUAUUUUAGUAUUAUACAAAUUUUCCAUUUGAAGCUGAUAUAAAUAUUUUCAAUAUGAUUUCUGUAUACUGAAGAGUUUAUACUUUGUAUCAUAUUUUAUACAUAGUCAUUAGUGUUAACGUGAGGCUUUAACAUACUGAUUAUAUUUUCUUUAAGUUUGUAUUUUUUCAAGUUUCUUGCCGUCCCAGUUGUUUUUUCAAGUAAUUGUGUUUCUGACACAAUUUAACAGCUUAUAAAAUAUUUGAUGCAGCUUAUUUUCAAUAGUACUUAAUAUAUUUAUUGUUGAUCUAAUCUUUAUGUAGAUACUGUUCAAAACUUAUUAAUACAAUAAACUUAACAUUGUUUGAAGGAAAAUGCAAAGGAUGUCUUAUUUUACUGAACAAUGUUAUAUUUUAUGUAUGUCUUAUUUUGUGCCGA